AUGGAGGAGCGGAAGAGGUUUCAGGAGUUUGUCUGGAGCAAGCGAUUUGUCGAUGAGGGUCACGACCCGCUGUUCAUGGAAGGAUUGACGGAGGCCGAAGCUGAACAAGCCCGUGAUGAGUGGAUAAAUGCCAUCAUGGAAGGGGAGGAGGAUGCGGACCAAGCUGCAGAGUAUCACAAAGUAAUGGGAAACAAAGCAGUAAGCUCUGCUCGUGAGUUGAAAGAGCAAGGAAAUGAGAACAGCUCCAAAUUCUACGUGGCUGCAGCUCAACAUUAUACCACAGCCUUGUGCAAGAAUUGCUCCGACGUGAUGUUGAGAGCUGCUUGUUUCUCCAACAGAGCCAUGUGCCACCUCCAGCGAGGCAACCUAGGCCAUGUGAUAAGAGACUGCAACGCAACGCUCUCCAUGUUUGAAGCGUAUGUCGCCAACGCCGUUCAGUCCCGUACAGGAAGACGAGGAGCUGAGAAUUCCAAGCACAUGUUCCCAAUGACCCACCUGCUUGCUCGACGAGCCGUCCAUCUCAACCGAACUGAAACACAAACGCUUGUCAAGCUCUCGGUGAAGUCGUGCGUAAGAGCAGCUAGGGCGAGUCUCGGUCUCCAGAGAUUUGCAAGUGCUGUCUUCUACUGCAACCUGGCAGUAGAGAUCGCAUGCGAUCAUGGGAUGAAAGAUUCGCAAUCCACCGACGUCAUUUUUACCAAGCAUAUUCCUGACAUACUUCAAGAGGCCAAUCAGCAGCAAGAAACUUUCUCUCGACAAGAGACGAUCAAGAAGCUCGAGCACAAGUCGAAGCUGAGAGAGAGAGUGGGCGUUAGGAGGGGGAUCCAUGUCCGAGGAAUUCUGCUGGGCCCCUGCAUCUACCCCGAGUUUCUUCAGCGGGAGCUGAUCGACGUGAAUGUCAUCGGGGAGGAACUUUGCUGGCCGCUCUUGCUCGUCUACGAAGAGUCACGAUGCACCGACUUCCUCCGACAAUGCUCGGAGGCAGCUACCUUGGACGAGAUACUCGAGCCCGUCUUGGACUGCCCAUCCCCUCCUUACUGGGACCCCGAACACAGGUACUGGCGAUCCACAGUGAGCCUCUACUUCAUCGCUCAUCAGGUCCCCCUCAUGAAAGGAGGCAAGAGCGAGUGGUUGACGGACCCUGUCACUGGGCGCAGGCACCAGCCGACGUGGCAGAGGAUCGACAUGGGAUGGACGUUGCGAGAGUUUCUGCAGGCCGAGGGGCACGUAGUUCCCGGCUACCCGGUCAUCCAUGUGGUGCUGUCGGGCUCAAAGUUUGAAGAGAAGAUGCUUGGCUCCGAUCCUGUGGAAUUCUUUCCCCGAUAG